AUGUCCAUUACGGGAAGAUGCCGUGUGCCCCAUCUCCUGGUUCUUCUCACGUUCGUGUUCAGCGGGGAGAGAAUUGAGGCCCAAAGAGCAGGUUGCAAGAACGUUCACUACGACCUCGUCUUCAUCUUGGAUGCCUCCUCCAGUGUCGGGAAAGAAGAUUUUGAGAAAGUUCGUCAGUGGGUGUCUAAUUUGGUGGAAACCUUUGAGAUUGGCCCAGACAAAACCCGUGUAGGUGUGGUGCGGUACAGCGACCGGCCCGCCACCGAGUUCGACCUGGGCAAGUACAGAACCCGGGAGCAAAUCAAAGAGGCUGCACGAAACAUUAAGUAUUAUGGGGGUAAUACAAACACAGGAGAUGCUCUCCGGUACAUCAACACCUACAGUUUUUCCAAGGAAGCUGGUGGGAGGCUUAGUGAUCAAACUGUUAAAAAAGUGGCUAUCCUGUUGACUGAUGGAAGGAGCCAGGAUUAUGUCUUGGAUGCAGCCACUGCGGCCCAUCAAGCUGGGAUUAGGAUCUUCGCUGUGGGUGUUGGUGAAGCCUUAAAAGAGGAACUCGAUGAGAUUGCUUCAGAACCCAAGUCUGCUCAUGUGUUUCACGUCUCUGAUUACAACGCCAUCGAUAAAAUUCGGGGGAAGCUGAGAAGGCGUCUCUGUGAAAAUGUCCUGUGUCCAAAUGUCCAUGUGGAAGGAGAUCGAUUCAAACACACCAAUGGAGGGACUGAUGAGAUUCCAGGGUUUGACCUGAUGGAGUCAUUCAGUGUGAAGCAGAUCUUUGGAAUGAAAGACAACGGAGUUCAGAGUGCUUACGUCCGACUUGGAAGCUUCCCUGUUGUUCAGAAAACUGAGGAUGUAUUUCCACAAGGUCUUCCUGAUGAAUAUGCCUUUGUAACUACCUUCAAAUUCCGGAAGGCUUCCAGGAAGGAAGACUGGUAUAUUUGGCAGAUUAUUGACAAGUAUGGCAUACCACAGGUCUCAAUCCGACUGGAUGGAGAGAACAAAGCUGUGGAGUACAAUGCCGUUGGGCUCACCAAGGACGCUGUCAGAGUGGUCUUCCGAAGUGAACGAGUCGGUGAUCUUUUUGACCGCAGCUGGCACAAAAUUGCCCUCAGCAUUCAGUCAAAGGCUGUCUCACUUUACAUAGACUGCAGACUGGUGCAGAUGCUGCCUAUUGAAGACAGAGAAAAUAUCGACAUUCAAGGGAAGACUGUGAUUGGCAAACGCUUGUAUGACAGUGUCCCCAUUGAUUUUGAUCUUCAGCGGAUGGUUAUUUACUGUGAUUCUCGGCACGCUGAGCUGGAGACCUGCUGUGACAUUCCCUCUGGACCAUGCCAGGUCACAGUCCUGACAGAAGCACCUCCCCUGGAAGUGAGGCCCACUGUUGGCAGUGAGCAAGUUGGCCACCUCAAGACUUUCAACUGCUCCUGUGCUGCUGGACAAAAGGGAGAAAGAGGUCCAAUUGGUCCUAAAGGUCAAAAGGGUGAAAGUGGCAGCUAUGGGCUUCCUGGACUCAAAGGAGAAAAAGGAGAGUCAGGCAGAGUCUAUGGGAGAGGAGAAAAAGGGGAAAAGGGGUCCCUGGGCUUACCUGGCUCCCCUGGGAAGGAUGGAGCGAAAGGAGAAGCCGGUGAACCAGGACAGCCAGGAGCAUUUGGACUCCCUGGGCCAGCAGGUCCAAAGGGAUCCGAAGGAAAACAGGGUCCUCCAGGAAUUAAAGGCUAUGUAGGUGCACCGGGUCUGCAAGGAGAAAGAGGAGAAAAGGGAAUACGAGGAGAUAAGGGACAGCAAGGCCUAGAUGGGUUCCCUGGAAAGCCUGGUGCAGAGGGGAAACAGGGCCCUGCUGGCAGCCCAGGCCCUCCAGGUGUCAGUGGGACCAAAGGAGAAAAGUUUUCAUGUUCCCUGCAGGGUGAACCAGGACUUCCAGGAUUGCCUGGCUCUUCAGUGCAUACUGAAGGCCUAAAAGGAGAGCAAGGAGAGCCUGGGCCACGAGGACCACAAGGCCAACCUGGACUUCCUGGACUUCCAGGAGAGGCUGGUCUGGAAGGCAAACCUGGAGCUCCUGGUUUACCAGGUCAAAGGGGUAAAAAAGGAGAACCAGGAUUCCCAGGAAUCAAUGGUCUGAUUGGCCCUCAGGGACCUCCAGGGCCCCCAGGCAUUGCUGGACUCCCUGGACCACCUGGAGCACCAGGGCUACCAGGAGAGAUUGGUGUUACUGGUAAAAUUGGACCACCGGGACCAGCUGGCUUUCCUGGCAAAGAUGGAUUGAAUGGGCUUCCUGGCCUUCCUGGUCAAAAGGGAGAACAAGGGCAGAAGGGAGAGGAAGGCUUUCCUGGUACAACUGGCCCUAAGGGUGAACCAGGGAGUCGUGGUCGACCUGGUGAGCAGGGUGAAGCAGGUCUUCCUGGGCCUCCAGGUGUACCUGGACUGAGAGGAGAUAAAGGAGAUCAGGGAGAAAAAGGAAAAGAUGGUCUGCCUGGACUGAAAGGUGAAAGAGGAGAAAAGGGUGACACGGGUUCCCCUGGACCACCAGGCUUACCUGGAACAACAGCCUUCUUUACCCCACACCCUAGGAUUCCUGGUGAACCUGGACCAAAAGGGGACAAAGGAGAUCGAGGAACAAGCGGAGAACCUGGAUUACCUGGGGUCCCAGGUGAACAAGGUAUCCCAGGACCUGCAGGAGUACCGGGUACAAAGGGGCAGAAAGGAGCCCAAGGAGAAGCAGGAGCCCCUGGAGAGACUGGUGUGACUGGACCAGCAGGGCCCCCAGGUCCCAGAGGCUUGCCAGGAAAUGUGGGUGUGCCUGGAGAGCCUGGACUACCAGGAAAGCAGGGAGAAAAGGGCGAAAAGGGUGAUCCUGGAAUAGAAGGAAAAGCAGGUUUACCUGGGCCAGCUGGAGAGCCAGGGCGUGCUGGAGAGCCAGGUUUGCCUGGUAAGGGUAAAGAUGGAGAACAGGGGCAAAGAGGCCCUCCAGGCUUGCCAGGACCCUUUGGACAUAAGGGUGAGAGGGGAGCUCCUGGCCUUCCUGGACUGCCAGGAGACAGAGGUGUGCCAGGAAUCGGGCUGCCUGGACCCCCCGGCCCUGCAGGACCCCCAGGAGACAAAGGGUCAUUGGGUCCCCGCGGUGUACCUGGUAUCCCUGGACCACAGGGACCUCCUGGCCAUGAUGGUCUACCUGGAAACCCAGGGGAAAGAGGACCUCCUGGAAAACCAGGUUCCACACCUCUGCUCUCUCCAGAGGACAUAAAUCUCUUAGUAAAGGAUGUGUGCAGUGACUGCCCUCCUGGCCCACCAGGACUACCAGGCAUCCCAGGUUUCAAAGGUGAUAAAGGUCUUCGAGGACCACCAGGUAUUGAUGGCCAGGAUGGGAAAAUGGGGAAUGCUGGUCCCAGAGGUCCUGCAGGCCCUCCUGGGCUGGAUGGCCCAAAGGGUGCUAAAGGAGACCGUGGGAUGACUGGGGAAACAGGAGAAAAAGGUGAACAGGGCCACCCUGGAAUGCCUGGCUUCUCAGGGGCUCCUGGAAACCCUGGCCCACCUGGACCAGAUGGGGCACCAGGACCAAUAGGACCAGCAGGAAACCCUGGAGACAUAGGUAAAGAUGGCCCUCCAGGUCCUCAGGGACCACCAGGGUUGCCUGGACUUCCAGGCAUUGCUGGGAACGAUGGCAAAGAUGGCAAGCCAGGAUCUCUUGGGGAGCCGGGAAAGCCUGGAGAACCAGGGCUCCCGGGCCAGGAGGGUGCCAGAGGCUUGCCGGGUUUCAAAGGACAGAGAGGAGAUACAGGUCCCCCAGGGCCCCGAGGGGAGCCAGGUGUGACAGGUCCUGCUGGUCGUGAGGGGCCUCCAGGGAAGGAUGGUGAUACUGGUCCCAUAGGGCCACAGGGCCCUCGAGGUCUCAGAGGACAGCCGGGUAAGAAUGGAUCACCUGGACCUGCAGGAGAACCUGGCCCAGCAGGUAACCCAGGUCCUAAAGGGAAUAAAGGAGAAAAUGGCACCCCAGGACUCCCUGGCUUCAUAGGACCCCGAGGACCACCUGGAGAACCAGGAGAGAAAGGUUCUCCAGGAAAGGAGGGUGCACCAGGGAAACCAGGUGAAAUUGGCUCCAAAGGAGAGAGGGGAGAGCCUGGCAUCAAAGGUGAAAAAGGCCCUCAAGGAGAAAAGGGCCCACCAGGUGAUCCUGGGAUACCUGGUCAUAAAGGUCAUCCAGGACUGAUGGGUCCCCAUGGACCCCCAGGAGACACUGGACAAGUUGGACCUCCUGGUCCUCCAGGACAACCAGGAUUUCCAGGACCAAGGGGGGAACCCCCAUCUCUAGAGACUUUGAGAAGGCUCAUCCAAGAGGAGUUAACCAAGCAGCUAGAUGCAAAGUUAGCCUAUAUCCUGGCUCAGGUACAACCUGCACAUGUAAAAGCAUCCCAUGGCAGACCAGGACCUCCUGGUCCCCCUGGGAAGGAAGGACUCCCAGGAAGAGCUGGCCCUCCAGGAGAGCCUGGGAGACCUGGACAGCCUGGGUCUGAAGGGCCACCUGGACCAAUUGGUCCCAAAGGAGAAAGAGGAGCAAAGGGUGAGAAAGGAGACACAGGCGUUGGCCAGCGAGGGGAAAAAGGUCCUCCAGGAAUUCCAGGCCUCCCAGGGGAGCCUGGCUAUGCCAAAGAUGGGUUGCCAGGACCACCUGGCCCUCAAGGAGAAGCUGGGCUACCCGGUCUGGCCGGCCCACAGGGCCCUCCGGGAGCCAACGGACAGUGUGACCCCUCUCAGUGCGCUUACUAUGCAAGCCUGGCUGCCAGACCCCCCAAUGUCAAAGGGCCCUAG